AUGAAUUGUUAAAUCUGCUUCAUUGACAAACUGUUGAUUAGACCUGGAGAUUGUUCUCAUGAAUUUUGCAAAGAAUGCAUCAUCAUGUAUUUGAAAGAAGCAAUAAACAGUGGAGGUGUAUUUAAGAUAACUUGUCCUUCAUGCAGUUUGGAAUACAAUGCCUUAAUAAUUAAACAAUAUUGCGAAGACUUAUAUCCUAAAUAUUUAGAAUUAAAGCAAAAGGCUAUAAUUACUUGUUCUGUAUGCAAAGAGAAUUUAAAAACUCAUAACUGUGGUUCCAAUGUUUGUAAAAUAUGUGGUGAAAUACAUGAUGGAGAGUGUAGUUAAAGAUGCCCUAAUUGUUUGAUCCCCAUAGAAAAAAUGAGUGGAUGUAAUCAUAUGGUUUGUAAAUGUAAAUAUGAAUUUUGUUGGAUUUGCAAAGGGAAAUUUAAUAGAUAUCAUUAUAGAUUAUGGAACUUAUUCGGAUGUCCAAUUCCUGGUUCUAUGAUGAAGAAUGUUAAACCUUUGCGACAUCCAACUUUAUUGCGAUAUAUAAUGGUGUUACCUAAAAUCUUAGCAUUCAUUCUAAUAUUUUGUAUCUUACUCUUAAUAUAUCCCUUUUUUUGUUUCAUAAUUACAUUUAAAUUCCAUUACCUAUAAUUUACAAUAAACAAGUAAUCCAUUAAAUAUAUCUGUAUUAGAUAUAGACUAUUGUUGGUCUUCCUAUUUCCAUUGACUUACUUGAUGCAUUUUUUUUAUAAAGGAAUAUUUGCAGUAUAAUAAAAAUUACAUUCUCUUAGUUGA